AUGGACCCCCCACCAUAUUCCCUAGAGUAUAUGUUGGGAGAAGCAUUAAAUUCCCUUGAUGAUCCAUUGCCGGAAGAAUCAAAUUCCCCAGAGGAUGAAUUGCCUAAAGUACCAUAUUCCCUCGAGGAUCCAUUGAAGGAAGUAUCUAUUUUGGUGAAUAACCUUCAUGUCCUUUCAGACGCUUUCUGCCGGCAACUCCGCUGUCAAACCUCAAGCUCUGAAGAUGAAAGACAUAUCAUUCGCGAAUGCUUAACGGCUUUCAGCUCGCUGGAAAAUACACUGGUGGCAUCUGUCCCUGCAUACUAUCUCAAGAAACCUCUCUACGAUUCGUUGCGCGAUUUGGUUGGCUGUAUUGUAUCUUUCUCUGACUUUAAACAACUGGAAGACGUCUGGGAAGUUCGCAAGGCUAAAUUGGUCAAAAGACAUGCAGAUGGUCAUGACACUUACUCACGUUUUGCAACAAGACUCAAAGAAUUGGCAAAGUCGAAAGAUGAAAUUAAGAAACGUUUGCAUCUUGCAAAACCUAUGCAACCUCUUGAGCCCGGUAGACGGCUUCGUAUGCUCUACGAUGAUGAACUAUAUUCAUUCAUACACGAAUUGGAGAUGACUGGCAUUCUCUCCACCGAAGAUUAUAUUUUCCGGCACAUAUAUCCACAUGAAUGCGAAAUGGUGACUUCAAAAUCUCACAAGCUACUUCUGAAGAGAAAAUGGUACGCCCAUUCAGACCCUCAUCAAGUGGUCACGCAUUUUUCUGGUGAUAAGAACACAAUUCAAGAUUGCCUCUCGUCACUGCAGGAGCAAUUCGAAGGGAAUAAUGACGGUGGUUCCCGGUUUUUGUCUGGGCCCAAACGGGACACCUCCUUCGACGAUUUAGGCAAAACAUUGCGCGAGUUUUCCGAGGCCAAUACGAAUACAACAUACAUGAUAUUAGACGGUCUAGACAAAUACGGCAGUGAAGACUUGACCAACUUGCUCGAGCUCAUUUCCACGACUAUCAAUUUGUCACCAAAGAUUCACUGGAUUGUUUCGAUCAGAUCAUUCGAAAACUCUAAAGCUAUCAAGGGAAUUGGCUAUACACUAGCAAACGUUGGUGACAAUGAGAAAUUGAAAGAUGCUGCAAAGAAGCUAGUUUCAAUGCAGGUUGAUACAUUUUUCAACAGAACUGGCCUCCGAGAUCGUUCCCGGAACCAUUUUUCACGGAACGAUUUGGAAAACAUCUUGAUGAAAAGAUCGAAAGGAAACCUUCUCUGGAUCACGCUAGCGUGCAGCAUUAUAGAGAAAGACCCUAUGAAGGCCAUUUACUUAGCCUGCAACCUUGAAGAAGAAAUCGAAGGCUUAUACGUUCACUUCAACCAACAGCUGCAGCUGCAGCUGCUGCUGACAGCAGAAGAAAAUGAUCAUUUAGGGGAGAUUGUUACUAUACUGGCAGCCGCCUACCGACCACUUACGAUCUCCGAGCUCCGACUUCUUGUCCAGCUGUCAGAUGAUGUCAUCUUGAAAACAUUAAUCAAGCGGCGAUUCUUGUUCUUGUUGGGGGUUCAAGAUGAUAUUGUGUGCUUCAGUCAUGACUCAGCCAAGGAAUAUCUGUAUGUUCCUCUCGGCUCUUUCCCUGUAAGAUUACCAGCCUUGGAGAUCAACUUAUCUCGGCAUCGUCAUACAGAGAAUCUACUUGCUAAGAGGCUUUUCAUUUGCUCAUUGGAAGAGAAAUGGCCCGGCAUUGAAGAAUUUGCUGCACGAGCAGUACGCAUAGCUAGGCUCGGGAAAGCAGGCGGCUAA